AUGACUUUCAUGUCAUUUAUUCGCGAUGAGCGCCUCGUUCUCCUGGGAAUCGGCGCCGCUACGUUUGGCCUGGUCACUAUGAUGACCCAGAUGCUGACGUAUAUCCGCGACGAGAAUGAAGUGAAGGUAUCACCCCCCAAGACGCAAUACAUUACCCAGGAAACUGAGGACGCGCUUGGCUUGGAUACUCUUGACAAACUUCUCUGUCAUCCUAACUUUUCAAUUCGGGAUAUCGCGAUUAAGAUCCUUUGUGAUCGUGCUGUCAAUGAUGCCGACACAGUUCGAUACCUGCUUUUCGGCAUCACCCGGCCUGACUACGACACUCGCAUGCAGAGUCUUCGUGCUCUUGCCACACUGACUGGUCAGACCAACGACUUUGCAGAGGGACUCUCUAAACUGCACACAUGGAGGGCGUAUACAGCUCUUGUGAGGUCCCUCGAGUUGAGCCUGGAUGAUGUGGAACAUACGAAACUCGAUGAUAAGUACUGGGACGAAUACUAUUUACGGGACAUGGCUGAGCGGUUCUGUCUCAUGUUUGUCCUCGAGCUCAUCACCAAAUAUGGUGCCGAUAUGCUGGUCAAGGCCCAUUUCGUGGAGAAAUGGCUGGCCAAGCAGCCGUGGGGAGACAACGAAGCGGAGAUCCAGGAAAAUUUUAUUUACUACAUGGAACAUAAGAAUAACCGCAUUGUCGAUAUCGUCACGAGGAUUGCACAUACUACUGCGGGAGCGAAGGCAAUUGUUGCCUGCAAGUUGGCGUCCAAGACCAAUUUCAACCUUACUCCGGAUGCGAACAUUGCCGGCUUCACAAUUGCAUUACAGUCGACACUUUGCAAUGCGGAAACCGAAGAAGGACAGCCAUCAGUGGAGCAAGUGCCUCGUACGAGGGAGCACUCAGCUGAAGAGCAGCGCCUUAGGCGCCAACACCGUGAAGCAAUGGUGUUCAACGAUGGCACUCGGCCUAUUGGGAGGGAAGACAUAAUUGAGCGGAGCCACGAUUCUCCGAGCUGA